AUGGGAAUGAUAACUAGAAUUCGCGGUAGGUUACGAAGUUUACACACCAUUCCCAAAUUGGACCCCGAAAUAAGGGACGAGAAAAUUGCAGAAACAGUAUGCCUCCUAUCAGUGUUAUUCUUGCUACCGUACUGUUCAAGAGGACACUCUCCACUUUUAGUGAGCUUAGGAGGAUGGUGCGUAGCAACUUAUUCCUGUUUAGUACUUCCGGUGAUGAUUUCCGCAAACUACAAAUAUCCUGUACGAUGGAUACGACAGCUUAUUGCGAAAACACCAGGAAUAUUACGGCAAUAUUCAGCUCCAACAUGGUCUGUAAUAAGCAAAGUAUAUGCACCUCUGGACAAAUGCGAAAGAAUUUUUAUGAAAAUGAACAAUAUUUCCAAUUUGACAACGCAGCUGGUUUUCUUCAUGAUGUGCGACCGAGUGCUCCUCUGCAGCUUCGGCGGUACCAACUGCCCGGAGAAGAAAAUAACCGGCCUCUACACCUUGAUGUUCUACAACGUCAUAGCCUACUGCGUGAGCUACAUCAAGGAACUCAUCCAGAAGGAGGAUUGGAGCAUCACAGUAAACAUGGCGCCGAAUAGCAAGUUAAAGCAUGUUGCCAUGUCGGCCACCAAAAUCGUCUUGGAGUGGACAAAAGCAGUAACUUUCAUUAUCACCGUGACUUUCAUGCUGCUGGUGUUUGGAUUGGAGCAAGGGUUGCAACAUUACCAGCCCACUUUGCUGUAUACUUUGACGACAUGGUCGUAUUACCUCUGCACUGAGAAGAUUUUUGUGGACUUGUUUCUACCACUUUUACUCCUACUAAAACUAAAAUCCUUGGAAGCGUUGGAAGCAUUUUAUGCACCUGUAAUACUAAGAUACUACACCAUAGCACUAGCAACUAUUCUAGUCUCUAUACUAACAUUCUACGGGCAAAUUAGAUUCACUAUAUUAGCCUUUUAUCUUACCGUGUAUCUUAAAACUAAAGAUAUGGUUUUAAACUGCCUCAAAAACCUCAAAGACGAACAAGCAAUGCUAGGAAAAUUCAGAUACGCAACUGAAGACGAAAUAGAAAAUUGUGAUGACGUGUGUGCUGUGUGUCUUAUGCCUAUGAAAAGAGCCAGAGUAACACCGUGCCAUCAUCUAUUUCAUGCAAGUUGUCUAAGACAGUGCCUAAACAAUUGUAUGAUUUGCCCUAUAUGCAAACAGGAGUACACUUUUAUAUAUUAG